UCGAGGCAACACGGCUGUACUCCGCUGUCAAGUGCCAAGCAUUGUUAGGGAUUACGUCAUAGUGACUAAAUGGGAGCGAGAAGAUGGUGUGACGAUUGUAUCAAACGUGGCAAACGAAGGACGCUACAGUGUGCUGCCGAACGGAGAACUACUUAUUAGAAAUGCCAUGAUAUCUGACGGUUUUAAAAGUUAUCGUUGCUUGACAAAGCAUAUUCUUAGUGGCGAUAUUCAACUGAGCUCUACUUCUGGACGAUUGAUUAUCACAGAUCCCCAAGGAACACAACCACCCAGGAUGUCUGAUACUAGAAGCUCCAUUAAUGUUCGUCAAGGCUUAUCAGCAGAGUUAACGUGUGUUGCACAGGCAUACCCUCUACCUGGUUAUAAGUGGUACAAGAAGGAUGGCGUAAGAUUAGUACCAGUUAACCCAAGACCGGGUGUUAUUCUUCUCAGUGGUUCACUUUAUUUUCAGCAGGUAAAUGUUCGUGAUUCAGGAACAUAUGUGUGUGUUGUCAAUAACAGUGCUGGGGAGAAGAGAAUGGAAAGUCAUUUGACAGUAACAGCUCCCCUCUCUGCUCAUCUUCAUCCAAAGAGGAUCCUUGUGGACGCCGAGAAACCUGUCACUCUCAAGUGUAACAUCUCAGGAUAUCCGGUCGAUUCCGUCACAUGGAUGAAGGAUACCCGUACCCUUGCUGACAAUUCCGGACGUGUCCGGAUGCUCACGCGAGACAUUAUCCACAUCAACUCUGUCGGAAGGGAAGAUAGAGGGGUCUAUCAAUGCUUCGUGAGAAAUUCUGAUGAUUCGUCUCAAGCAUCAGCAGAGCUAGUUUUGGGAGAAACUGCCCCAUCAUUUCAUGAAACAUUUUCCGAGAAAACCUUACGUCCAGGUCCCGUCAUAUCCUUCCAAUGCGCAGCCUCAGGCACACCUUUGCCUCAAGUCACGUGGUCUCUAGAUGGAUAUCCGGUGCCUGACAACGACAGAGUUCGUGUUGGCGAUUAUGUCAGCAGAAAUGGCGAUGUUAUUAGUCACGUGAACAUAUCAAGUGUUAGAAUAGAAGAUGGCGGCAUGUACAGUUGCGUGGCAAGGAAUGAUGUCGGGGAAAUAAGGCAUUCUGCAAGGCUCAAUGUUUAUGGACCACCCAUGAUUAGAGCCAUGCCUGAUCUAUCAGUUGUCGCUGGUGAAGUAACAUCGAUUCAAUGUCGAGUAGCUGGAUACCCUAUAGAUGAAAUUAUGUGGGAAAAAGAUGGCCGUCGCCUUCCAACAAAUCGUAGACAACAAGUAUUUGCCAACGGGACUCUCUUGAUUGAGCAAGUUCAACGUCAUGAAGAUGAGGGCUCUUAUGUCUGUUCUGCUAGAGCUGCAGACUCGGCUUCUGUAGAUGGCAGUCUGAAGAUAACAGUUAAAGAAAAGCCAGUUAUCAUGCCUUUUUCAUUUCCAUCUGAAAAUUUAAAAGAAGGUAUGAAAAUCUACGGAAUGUGUGCUGUAUCAGCCGGGGACCCACCAUUUCAUAUAUCGUGGUUAAAGGAUGGCAGACCGAUUUCUGCCUCUGAUAGUGACAUUACUAUACAAAUGAUAGGACAAGAUUUUAGUUCAAUGACCAUAGAUAGUGCUACUACAAGGCAUAGCGGACACUACACAUGCGUAGUGAAAAAUGAUGUUGCUACUGUUAACUAUACUGCUACCCUCACAAUCCACGUUCCUCCUCGUUGGCGAAUGGAACCAGCUGACACGAGUGUUCUUGUUGGAAGAAGCGUGUCACUUCAUUGCCAAGCAGAUGGUUUUCCGCAACCUCAGAUUCGUUGGGAAAAAGCCUCUGAUCGUUCCGCAAGAGAUUACAGACCGAUUAGCACGAGCUAUCAUCACCAAAUAUUUGAAAAUGGCUCUCUCACAAUACAAGAUAUAACAGAGGAAGAUGGAGGGUAUUACUUGUGCCAAGCAACUAACGGUAUCGGACCUGGUCUCAGCAGUGUUGUUACCCUAAGUGUGCACGAAUCACCUCGCUUUGAAGCAAAAUUUCGAACCCAAAUGGUAAAGAAAGGGGACGAUGUUACGUUAUCUUGUUCUGUGUCUGGAGAUUCACCAUUGUCAAUCACAUGGACCCGGGAUAAACAACCAUUAAAUUUGGAAACAGAACCAAGGUUUCAAGUUACACAAGCUUCAAAUGGAGAAAACAGAUUGAAAUCAAUGCUUCGAGUAACCUCUGUAGGUAGAGUUGAUUCAGCUCUGUAUACAUGCUUAGCUUCGAAUACUUAUGGAGAAGAUGACACAAAUAUACAGCUGAUUGUACAAGAGCAACCAGAUGCUCCUAGAGAAAUUCAAAUUUCUGAAACAGGAAGUCGAGUAGUUCGUUUGUCGUGGGAACCACCAUUCAGCGGAAACAGCCUGAUCACUCAAUACGUUCUCCAUAUUCGAGAAAAUGUAGCCUCAACUUCAAGGAAUAUGUCAGUUCCUGGUACGGAAACAUCAGCUGAAUUUACUGGUUUACGGCCCGCAACUGGCUAUGACGUGUCGUUAAUUGCAGAGAAUGUUAUCGGGGCAAGUGGCCAAGGAAGAAGCUUCCAUUUUAAAACAGAGGAAGAAGUGCCUGAGGGUCCUCCACUUUCUGUAAAAGCUGAAGCAGCAAGUUCAGAUGCUCUUAAAAUUUCAUGGGAGCCUCCUGAAAAACGAUUUAGAAAUGGAAAUCUGAAAGGUUUUUACGUCGGGUAUAAAAGUGCCAACUCUUCAGAACCGUAUCAGUACAAAACUGUUGACGUUACUACAUCAGUAGAAAUUAGAGAAUCAACGGACCUCCGAGGCCUUAAUCCAUUUUCCCACUAUAGCAUUGUUGUUCAGGCAUUUAACCUUAAAGGAGCUGGUCCAAGAUCAGAUCCUGUUAUAGCAAUGACAAUGGAAGAUGUGCCAAGUGUACCUCCUCAACAAGUCGAUUGCAUGGCACUGACGUCACAAACUAUUAAAGUCACGUGGAAUUCUCCUCCUGCGUCUGCAGUCCAUGGUGUCUUGAAAGGAUAUAAAGUUUUUUAUAGAUCAGCUGAUGAUUGGAGAGAAAUGGAAGAUCUCGAAGUUCUUAUCAAUGCUCCGGAAAGAGAAACUUUGCUCAAAAAUCUCGAGAAGUUUACUAACUACAGCAUUAGUGUCUUGGCUUUUACAGCAAGGGGUGACGGUGUAAUGAGUGAGCCACUUUAUUGCAAAACAAUGGAAGAUGUUCCAAGUCCUCCAGCGGAUAUUAAAGCAUUACCAAUGUUACCAGAUGCAAUUCUUCUCAGUUGGCUACCACCUACUCAUCCCAGUGGAAUAUUACAACAGUACACUCUUUAUCAAAGGACAACUAUAAAUGGCAGGCAGGUUACAAAGAAACAUACAUUAUCACCCUCUCAGCUUUAUUACGAAGCUCUUCGUCUAGAACGUUCUAAAAGAUACGAGUUUUGGGUUACGGCUUCUACUUCAGCUGGAGAAAGUGAAGGAACAAGAGUACUUUCUCAAACAACAUCAGAUACGAUUCCUGCUAGGAUAGCUUCCUUUACACUACAAAUAUUAGCAAAAAGAAAAUCAGCAAUUCAAUUACCCUGCAAAGCUGUUGGAAUUCCUGCUGCUGAGAGAAUAUGGACUUUAAAAGGUCAGACAAUAAGGGAUCGAAGAAGAACAAAAUUUCUAAAUAAUGGAAGUCUACUGAUUGAAGAUGUGGAUGACGACGAUGCUGGCAACUACUCUUGUAGAGUACAAAACGUUUACGGGGCUGAUGAAAUCGCUUUUCUAUUGGUUGUGAGAGCGAAACAUCUAGAUGGAAGGGCUUUACCACCGCCAUCUACAGUAGCAGUAGUGAGUGAAACUAUUUCUAGCAUAGAGGUGAAGUGGGCAAUGGAACCACGAGGUCGAAUGAAAACAAAAGGUUUCAUUAUCAGGCACAAGCGAGAAUAUGGUCAAUGGGAGGAGACAAAAGUAACAUCAAAAGCAUUUUCCCAUAUUUUGCAGAAUUUGCAGUGUGGUACAAAGUACUAUAUAUAUGUUGCAGCAUUAGGAAAAAAUGGAGAAGGGGAACCAAGUGAAAUGAUUGUAGCUAAAACGAUCGGAAACGCCCCUGUAGCUCCCCACAAAGACUUGUUCGUCGUAUCCAAUUCCACAUCAUUAGUGGUGAAUUUGAGAGCAUGGGAAGAUGGUGGAUGUGGCAUUAAAUCCUUUGUGGUCAGGUACAAACGAAUGCAUACAACAGACUGGAGAAUGGCAGCCAGUUCAAUCAGUCAACAACAAGACAAGGUAGUCAUUCGUGACUUAAGUCCCGGUACAUGGUACAGCAUUAGAGUGACUGCUCAUAAUGUUGCCGGAUCCACUGUGGCGGAAUACGAAAUGGCAACUCUUACUUUAGAUGGAGGUACAGUAGCUCCUAUUUUAGUCCUUGAAAGUAGAGAAUCAGUCAAUAUCUGGGAAGAUGUGAAUAUAAUAGUUCCAGUUGUAGCCGCUGUGAUAGCAUUGACAGUGGUUAUUGGAGUCGCUGUUUGCGUAUGUGUCAAGAAAAGACAAGGAGCAGAUGACUACUACGAACGUCGAGUUGGAAAUUCAAACACGACUCCUCUAAUGCCAAAUCAACCUGUAAAGAAGACAUCAGACUGUGGUAACACUCCCAUUAGAGAGACAUCCAUGUAUCAAACAUGCGGUCCUAAGGCAACUAUACAGGCGAACCAAGAUCCAAAUACCGCAGGAGAACAAGGACAUUACUAUGAGGACGAUAUCACCCCGUACGCGACAUUUCGGCUACCAGGAUGUGAAUCGGACACCGAAAGUUCGCACGAGACCAUUAGAGAGAUGCACACAUUUGGACAAUAUGGAAGAAGAUCCUAUCAUGACCACUCAGCGGCUCAGUACGAGGCUUCAAGAGCAACUUAUUCUAAACCAGGGCAUCGAUCAAUAUCAAAAAAUAGCCGAGUGUCCGACCUAUGACGUGAAAUUUCCGUCCUCACAUCCGUCCAUUGGUGUAUAUAGUGAGUCGAAGUUUCGAACCUUGCCCGCAGAGGGACAGAGAGGCGACGAUGCUGAUAGCGACGCCACUAGAGAAAAAAGACGGUUAGACAAAGAGAUUUAUAGAA